AUUGUAUGUAUUGUAUUCAAAUGUAUUCAGCCUCCUUAACUUUCCCAAGAUUACAUGAUUUUAUAGUAGAAAAUAAGACAUAAAAGAUUUGGGUGACGUGGUCGCCAUGUUCGAAUUGAUACGCAAAUCAAUAAUCCGGAUCCGCGGAAUCCUUUGUUGAUUGGGUGAAUAUCUUGAAAAGACGUCGUUGAUGUAGUUUGUCGUACGGAGUCACCAUGUAGCUUUUGCCAUGAUGUCCAGAGACGCCAUGUAUAGAUCAUUUGGAUAAGCCUCUACUACUAUGUCCAGAGUCACCGUGGACACUUCUGUAUAUAAGCUCGCCAUGGCAUCCAAGGCUACAGUGCACUCUGGUCUUCUACUUGCGUCCAUGGUUGCUGUGGACGUGCUCUUUGGAUAAGCGUCUAUGACAUCCACGGUUACCCUGUACUCUCGGGUCUUCUACUAACUUCCGUCCAUAGUCGCCAUGUACAAUCUUUUAUCUUAUAACUCGCGCGUGGUCACCGCGUGUGAGCUCCCCUUAUACUUUAUCAUCAUUCGUACAUAGUUACCGUGCACAUCAACUUUUAACCCACUUAUUUAUGGUUGGGAUAAUUAUACCAUCACAAGCCCCCCACUUCCUAAGCCAAAGUAGCAUAUUGGCUAUAGGGAGUAUAGAGACACCGUUGCCGUGGCUAUAGAAGUACAUGGUCACCAUGUCAUUUUUUUUUACCCCUUCAAUCAUUUAAAUUUCUAUUUUGUAACCAUAGUGUGCUCCAUGACUUAAAUUACUUUCACCCAAUCUUCCAGAUAGAACUGCAGGUCACAACCAGUUUCCAGGCCACGGCUCGCCGCCAACCACUGGUCGGUCAACGACGCACGCCGCCACCGGUGUCCAACCACACGACCAAGCCACAUGCGGUGGAAGUUCUCGCCCGCCGUCGUACUCCAUCUGCCUCAGCCGGACGCUGCGAGUAAAAGAGCACCCCAUCUACACCGGCGCACUCCGGUGACCUCAGGGACUGUUCGCCGCCAUCCGUCACCCUCGCCGUCUCCGUCUUCCACCUGUUUCGCCCUGUCUCAUUCGCCAUUACCGUGUAAUUUGGGCUGUGAGUACUCCAGCGCGAAGCAAACCAUCGCCCUCGCAGGACAUCGACGCCCUCCGGUGACAACCAGGACUGCUCGCCGCCGCUGCCCACCACUUGCGCCGUCGUCCCCUUGCUCUGGCCGUCCAUCCCGAUACGGCCAUCGUCUUUGUCUGCUCUGGACUCUGCACCGCGGCUGCUAGGUCACGCACACAGGUGAGCGUCAAUCUCCCCUUUGUUUUCUUUUAUUUCUAUUUUGAUUUGAUUCCCCUUUCCCCAAAUAAGCAAAGUCAUUAUGUAUUGAUAUUAUUUUGACCUUGCUUUGACCGUAGCUGCCUUGGCAACAUUCUUGACAUUUUUUUUUUCUUUUUUCAAUAAUAAUAUUUUUUUUUGUGAAUAGCUGCCAUCAACUCAUGGACUUAUUAAAUUCCAUAAAUUCUGAUGAAUUGAUGAGUGAUGACGGUGAAUUAGUGCUAGAGAAUUUUCCUCAUCCCUCGAUAGAUGUUAAUUCCGAUGUUGAAGAAAUUAGUCUCGUAAAGCCACGAGACGCUCCAGUCAAACCACCAAAACGUCGCAACCGGGGCCCGUACCCAUCCUUAGACCCGAGCCCCAUUAUGUACUACAGGUCGCGCCUCUCAGUUUCUAAGUUCCAAAAGUAUAAGAAUUUUUUUCCGUCCACAGUGACUGUCCGAUGUCCAAAUUCGGAGGAUAUCGUAACCGAUCCUCCCAGGGGUCACUUUUUCGGGGUGCACAUUCUUUCCAUAAAAUUAGGGUUUCGCUUCCCCACACACCCUUUGAUCAUCGAGUUUUUAAAUGACCUUGAAAUUUCACCUUGUCACCUGACUCCGCUUGGUCAUCAGUAUCUGGUAGCUUUUUUGGUCCGGUGUAAAACACUUGGGAUUGAACCGUCCCUAGACCUCUUCAAAGAUAUGUUCCGAGUUGGGCCGUGCUCAGCAUCUGAUAGUCUAUCCUGGGUGUCUAUCUCACAGCGGAACCACUUUGACAUGUGGAAGGUCACUCGCAGCAACGAAGCUAAUUGGAAAGAAGAAUUUGUAUACGUGUCAUCUAGAUCCCCGUUACCUUUUUCAUCGUCUUUGAAUUGUCGAUUUAAGAAGUAUUCGUACCCGAAACUUCUGUCUGGCCAGGAGACAUGGCCGGCUAUGAUUCUUUCUGGAGGACCAUAUAGCCUCUCUGCUCUUACUUCCGAGGACCGCCUUAACACGGUUGGGCUCUAUUCGCCGUCACCAUGUUCGAGUGCACACGCAUCCACGUUCACGGAUCAAGAUAUGAUGUCGAGGUUGGAGAUGUUCCAAAGUUUCGACAAGGAUGGACCUCGCAGUGGUGACCAGGGGUGCGCCGACAAGAAACCAAGGGCUCCCUCCGUCACAAAAGGCAAAGACGCUAUCGUAACCGUGCCUUCAUCCGUGACGAAACGCAAGGCUCCUAGUACCGCAGCCCGCAUCGCUCGGAGCGUGGGUGACAUUCCCACUACAGGGAUGACUACCUGAUUACGAGGUAACAUCGAGUUGCCCCCGCUCUUAUCACAGACAAUUCCGGCGACUGAGAAGGAACAAAUUUCAGCACUUGACAACGUCGCUCUAGAGAGGAAGAGUCACCAUGGUCUGGCAGAGCUUCUGACAUCCAUCUCCGAGGUGAACCGAAGAAAAGACGAGCGCGAGCAAGAAUUGCUGCUACAACUUACCAAAUUAGCAAAAGAGGUGGCCUCGCUCAAGCUUAGUCAUGACUCACAUGCAGCAGAGGUCGCGACGCUUAAAGACAUGCACGUCGUGGAGUUGGCGAGUGCGAGGGGUCAUUCCGUGGAUGCAUACAAGAGUUCUUCAGAGUUCGUGUCUGAUCGGGAAGCUUACAUCAAUGCCCACCUUGGUAACAUUAGCAAGCGUUGGUUGUCUACUCCAGAUGGCUGUGAGAAACUCGCCUUAGAGAGCUACAUCUCCUACCAGGUCGGGAUAUAUGCCACUCAACAGAAAAUAUAUCCUGUCUUAAGGGAUAAGGCUGGUACCUCUUGCAUCAACGAUUGGGGACUUCCUCCUGAGGUUCCCAAUCCCGAGAUCUCGGUGGCUGAUUCCCUUCGGAAGGACAUUCCUUUUUCCAGAUCGCCUACUGAUGAGGAGCUUGGUGACCCCCCCUCCGAUAAAGUUAAAGGGGUUCAUGUGUCAUUCACCUUGGAUCACCCCAGCUUCGAUCGCUUCCGUGCCUUAGAGCGUCCACGGGACUGAAGGAUGGGCGUAGUGUAGACCUCAAUUCCGACAUGUCUUUCCUUAUGAGUACUUGACUUGCUAAACCCGUUUUGAAUUUUAUAAACUAACAAUGACGCAUGUCUUACUUCCCC